UGGAUUGUUUCUGCAGUGUGUUUUGGAGCUUGGGAGUAAUCUGAGGUCUGAAGGGAGGAAGUGACUCCGUUCCUGGGAGCCAGCGAUCCGGAGCCGGGCUUUGCGGCCUGCAGGCUGGAGGAGGAGGAGGCAGGGCCUGGCUGGGGAAGUUGCUGCUGAAGUUGGGCAGAGAGGGAAGGAAGGAAAGGGCCAUCCAUUUAUCCCUCCAUCCCUUGCCGGCGGGGCCUUCCUGGGCCCUCCCUCCCCUCUCCUUCUGCUUGGCUGGGACUCAGGAUGGAAGCAGCAUGGCCACGCAUUUCUCCUUGACGCAGCUAUCAAGUGCAAAUCCUGUGUAUGAGAAGUACUAUCGUCAGGUUGAUCCUGGUAACUCUGGAAGGGUUUUGGCUUCUGAUGCAGCUGUCUUUCUGAAGAAAUCAGGACUGACAGAUUUGAUACUUGGGAAGGUUUGGGACCUUGCUGACACAGAUGGCAAAGGUGUCUUAAACAAACAGGAAUUUUUUGUGGCUUUACGACUUGUAGCCUGUGCACAGAAUGGAUUGGAUGUUUCAUUGAGUAGUCUUAAUUUGCCUGUUCCUCCACCUAGAUUUAAUGAUUCCACUAGUCCUUUACUAUCUGGGGGAGUGCCAGCUGAUAUCCCGUGGGCUGUUAAGGUAGAAGACAAGGCCAAGUAUGAUGCUAUCUUUGACAGCCUGAUCCCAGUAAAUGGAUUAUUGUCAGGUGAUAAAGUGAAACCUGUUCUGCUAAACUCCAAACUGCCAGUUGAUGUCUUGGGAAGGGUUUGGGAGCUAAGUGACAUUGAUCAUGAUGGAAUGUUGGAUCGGGAUGAAUUUGCAGUUGCCAUGUUCUUGGUGUAUUGUGCUCUUGAGAAAGAACCUGUGCCAAUGUCCUUGCCUCCAGCAUUGGUGCCACCUUCUAAAAGAAAAGGUGUGAAUAUCCCAGGUGCAGUACAGUUGGUGCCAUCUUCAACAUCCAGUAAAGAUUCCCAUCAGUCUAUACCACCAGUAGGCCUCUUGCCAUCCAAGGCACCAUUAACACAGUGGGUUGUAUCACCUACAGACAUGAUAAAAUACAGUGAAAUCUUUCUGAAAACUGACAAAGACAUGGAUGGCUUUGUCUCUGGUGUGGAGGCUAGAGAAUUAUUCUUGAAGACAGGUCUACCAUCUGCCAUACUUGCACAUAUUUGGGCUCUCUGUGACACAAAGGACUGUGGCAAACUUUCCAAGGAACAGUUCGCUUUGGCCUUCCAUUUAAUCAAUCAGAAGCUGACAAAAGGCAUUGAUCCUCCUCAGGUGCUAACUGCAGAGAUGAUCCCUCCAUCAGAGCGAGCCACUCUACAAAAGAACCUGCUGGGACCAAGUCCUGUAGCAGAUUUUUCUGCAAUCAAAGAGCUAGAUACUUUAAGCAAUGAAAUAGUUGACCUACAGAGGGAAAAGAAAAAUGUGGAGCAGGAUCUUAAGGAGAAAGAAGACACAAUCAAACAGAGGACAAGUGAAGUUCAGGAUCUUCAGGAUGAAGUAAAGCGGGAAAGCAAUAAUUUGCAGAAGCUAUUGGCUCAGAAACAGGAAGCAGAAGAAAUCCUUAAUGGUCUUGAUGAGGAAAAAGCCAAGCUGGAAGAGCAGCUUAACACCAUCCGGCAGAAAUCUGCUGAAGAGGCUGAUUUGAUUGCAUCAUUAAAGGCAGAAAUAACUGAUCAAGAAUCCAAAAUCUCAACAUGUAAAGAUGAUUUAAAUAAAGCCCAGGAGGAGCUUAACAGGCUUCAGCAGGAAACAGCAGAACUAGAGAAGUGUGUGGAGGCAGGAAAAUCUCAGCUCGAACCUCUUCAGCAGGAUCUUCAAGAUUCACAACAAGAAAUUACUUCAAUGCAAGCAAAACUCUUUGAACUCAAAGAGUUAGAAAACAGCCAGUUGAGUUGGAAAUUUCAGCCACACAACACACUACUUAAUGGGAAUGCAGAUCAUUGUAGCCUCAGCAACAGCAGCAGUGAAACUGCUAACUUCAGUGAGAAUGCUGAAAGAGAGAAUUCAGCUGAUGCUGAACAAAUAGAUCAUGACUCUCCUGCCAGGAGCAGUCCAGAAACAACAUAUGUAAAAGGAGAAGAAGAAAUGAAAGAGGCCUUGCCACCAGACGUUAUCAAAAAAGAAGAUCCUUUUGAUGAAGAAUCCCAGCAGCUUUCUGAACAGAUUGCAGGAUCCAGUUUAGACUUCUUUGAAUCUGACCCCUUUGUUGGAAGUGAUCCUUUCAAAGAUGACCCUUUUGGAAAAAUUGAUCCUUUUGGCAGUGAUCCUUUCAAAGGCUCAGACCCUUUUGCUGCUGACUGCUUUUUCAAACAGUCAUCUGCAGAUCCUUUUGGAAGUGUUGACCCCUUCACUGUAACCAGCAACCACAGUAAUUCCACAAUUGAAACAAUGAAGCAUAAUGAUCCAUUUGCCCCUGGAGGAACUGCUGUCACUACAUCAAGUGAUCCAGCUACAGAUCCCUUUGCCUCUCUGUUUGGAAAUGAAUCAUUUGGAAGUGGUUUUGCUGAUUUCAGCACAUUGUCAAAGGCAAACAAUGAUGAUCCCUUUAGUUCGUCAGCAGUGGUCUCUGUCAACAGUGUUGUCAUAACCAAAAAUGUGUUUGAAGAACCUCCAGCUCAAAUUGAAGAUGUUCCUCCUGCUUUGCCUCCCAAAACUGGAACACCCACCAGACCUUGUCCACCGCCACCUGGAAAAAGACCUAUCAACAAAUUGGAGUCUUCCGAUUCCUUUAAACUGAAUGAUCCUUUCCAGCCCUUCCCAGGCUGUGAUGUUCCCAAAGAACAGGAAGCCGACCCAUUUGCUCCCACUGGUGUGUGCAAAGAAAUGGACACCAGCAAUUUUGCUAAUUUCAGUGCUUAUCCUACUGAAGAAGAUAUGAUUGAAUGGGCAAAAAGAGAAAGUGAGAGAGAAGAGAAAGAGCGACUUGCAAGGUUAAAACAACAAGAACAAGAAGACUUAGAAUUAGCUAUAGCACUCAGUAAAUCUGAGAUUUCAGAAGCAUGAAAAUUGCCUCAACCAUUUCUCCCUUUCCCUGGAUAACUAAGCUACAGUAUAUGUAAAGUUAAUCGGAUGAUACAUACAAACAGGGAAGUAAAAAAAGGCUUUAAAUUCCUGCAAAUGUGAUUUUUGAGCAACUUCUUUGCAAUUUCAUUUUCAUGUUUACUCAUCUCAGCUGACUACUCUUUAAUAUAACAUGCUUCCAUUUCUAUUUAUCUUGGAAAUAUUCUUUACUAUAAACAUCACACCAAAGUAGUUUCUUUUAAUGCAAAAAGACAGCUCUGCACUUAAAUUUGAGAAUAAUGAGCCACAGCAAUGUGUUCUUGUAAGGUCUCAAAGGGCAGUUACAUAUCAUGUUUAAUCUCUUGGCAUUGAUAUAUAAGAUUGAAAAAAGUGCAGGGGUGUGUAACUAUAUGUAAUGAAUACAUUAUGUAGCCAUGAUCUAUGCAGAUAGCUAGUCAUGUGUUACCUUUCUUUUAAAAAUGAUUACAAAGCUUGUUUCAACUCUUGAUUACCUGUUUCUUCAGAAAGCCAUUUCCUAUAAUAUUGAAUUAUUUUAGUUCUCCCAUAAGGCUUAGCAGUGAACACAUUCACCAGAAAGCAAAGCUGGUCAUAUAGCCAACCAACCAUAGUUAUACACA